AGUGACAGUAAAAUAAAUAAUCUAAGAAAUCCUCAGUAAAUCUAUUUUAAAUAAUAUUCAAUAUAUUUCCAUCGUGAUGAAUGUCCUGUGGAGACGUGGAUAUGUACCACGCUAUUUAAAUCGAGCAAUAUGCAAAGAAAUUAGACCUGUAACCUCACUCUAUGUCAGCUGUUUUCACAACACAGUAGGAGCAAGAACAGACCUACAAGCUUUAAAACCACUACACUUAUCAUACAGAGCAAUUCGAUAUAAAUCCAAAAAGAACAAAGAUGAUGAUUCAGAUGAUGAGAACGUUGACAUUCUUGAUGAUGAUACUUCUUUGACAAAGGAUUCAAAAGUUGUUAAACUCAACACUACUUCGCUGAGAAUGGAUGCAAUAUUGAAAUCUACUUUAGGGGUAGCAAGAAACAAAAUAGAAAAGUUAUUUUAUGAGAGCAAAAUUAGAGUCAAUGGCAAAAAGGUUUUAAAGAAAAGUAUCCCGGUUCGAAUAGAUUAUGAAAUUGAUGUCAUAAAAAGUGUCAGUCCCAAAAAUCCAGCCCAUUUGUAUGUGGCAAGAAUAGAAAUAUUAAACAUAGUAGCCAAAGAAGACAGCAUAGCAAUUACUGCAAGACGAUUCAAGAACCUUCUUAUAGAGAAUUACAAAACAGAUCCAUAUAAACCAUCCACAGCUGACGAAGAUAAAUAAAAGUUGUAAAUAGUAACAAAUUUUUAUUUAUAACAAUAGCAUUAAAUAUUACAUAGGGAAAAGUGUCA